GUCGCUUGUCGCUGUCACCUCCGUGAACUGACAAACAGAGCGCGAAGUGAUGCGAUAUAGUUUCGAUUCGCGUCUUCCUUCUGUGUUCCGCCAUGCGUAGUGUCGCAGUCUCUAAGUCUCUUUCACCAUGACCGUCGCCCGCACCAUUAUCAUCUUCACCAUCACAGUGUCGCUGGUGACAUUUGUAGCUUUCUUCGGACGACUGCCAGCUUUCAGGAACACGCCCAUAGGCUUCCUCAACCGCCUCUUCCUCAUCCACAUCCCUUCUGCAUUCCGAAAGCUCGACCUCACCCUCACCAAUGGCCGCAUCACCAAUGGUGGCUCCCGCCUGGGCAACUACCUUAUGCACGAUAAGCACCCGCUGGUCGUCAUCUUCUUCCUCGGCCUCGUAACCGCAUGCGCGACGAUGUUCCUGCCCACUGUUUGGCACCUCAUCCGACCGCAUCACAAACUCCUAGCUUUCGUCUUGCUGCCGCAGCCGUACAUCUUCUUGUAUCUCAGCGCCAAGAGCAACGAUCAGACAUACAUCACCACACUCAAUCAUGCCGAGCAGAUGCGACACUACCCAUAUGACCGGGUGCUAUACUAUCCAGGCACGCCAUGCCGGACAUGCAAGUUCUUGAAGCCGGCGCGGAGUAAGCAUUGCAGUAUAUGCAAGACAUGCGUGUCGAGGAUGGAUCAUCAUUGCAUAUGGGUCAACAACUGCCUAGGACGGGGCAACUACAAGUGGUUUCUAGCUCUGUUGCUAUCCACCGGCAUUCUGAUCGCGUAUGGCGCAUAUCUGGCCUACUACAGUCUUUCGCCGUUGGUCCACAGACAUUACCUGAAGUAUGAAGGAUGGUAUAGAUACAGCCCCAAGCAAGGCGUAAAUACGAAGAGCUGGUAUGUAUUCUUCGACAGGAAGACGCACUACUUUCUCAUCUACACGACGAUCUACCUCGACAUGGGCGGUGUGCGCGGGUCUGGAGUCGGCCUGCUGGCUCUCCUCACUUGGCCGCUUCCGUUGGGUCUGCUCGCAUACCACGUCUACCUGAUAUGGGCUGGUAUGACCACCAACGAGAGCGCAAAGUGGGCAGAUUGGCGAGAUGACAUGGCCGAUGGCGUCGUUUUCUUGGGCCAUAGGCGGGAAGAUACCAUGCAGGAAUACCGCUCAGCAACCCCUGCGCGGGAACACACACAUGCCUCCGCGCAUUCUUCUUCGUCAACGUCGCCCUUCCCGACUCCUCCGGAAACCCCGCCAGAAGACGAAGAGCCACCAACGACCUGGCCGCUCGAAAGCAGACACAUACUCAUCCGCACGCGAACGGGGCAACCACCCAAAACGCUCCCGAGCCGCAUACAGUCAGUGGCUAGAGAAGAUAGCUUUGAGCGCGUGUGGAGUCUAGCGGCGGUGGAGAACGUGUAUGAUUUGGGUUUUUGGGAUAACAUCGUGGAGGUUCUUUCGAACUAAUGUACAUUUUGAAUCAGAUUUCUAUAUUUUCAUGACUCCAGGUCCGGUUUAUGCUGCGUUCUGGACCAUUUGAACCUCGCACCUUAAAGGUUACGCGACACUUCGCGCAGGGGGUCUCGAAGAACUCGACAAUUUUAAUGUUAUUGUAGGGAACAUCGACGAUAUGAGAGAACGGUGCACCGACUGGGAAGGUCUAGCGCUCGAAGAGCAAAAGCGAAAGAGCUGAAGGUGAAAUUCAACCCUAACAUGAGCUGUAGGAUUUUUAGAAACCAUGACUCGCCUUUGACACCACAACAUUCGCGAAAACAAUCGGUAUGGG